AUGGCACAGCAACAAAAAACCGAAGAAACCGAAAGCAUCGUGUCCGCCGUUGGAUCGUUCAAUCGGAAAGACCUGAAGCCCUCCGUCACGACAAUCACCGCAGACGACGGCUCGGUCUUCUUUGAGGAGCUGUCCUCGGACGGCACCUUUCAAGCCCGGAAAGUGGGCCAAAAGAAAGACAUGAGCUACCUCCAUCGAACCAAGAAGAGUGUCACCAUCGACACCUCUCCCGUCCCGCGCUUUCGUGCGGACGACCCAUACAUGGCGGCGUUCCUGCAGGAACACGGUUAUGUCGUGGUCAAGGGGGUUCUGGAAAGUAAGGAGGUCGCCGUAGCACAUGACAAGCUAUGGGAGUUUUUGGAAAGCACAUUCGAAUGGAAACGCCACGAUCCAGAAACUUGGACUAGCUUUUAUCAAAUGGGCAUGCCCCACAACGGCAUCAUCCAUGACGGUGGAGUUGGCCAGUGCGACUUGCAGUGGUACAUUCGGUGUUUGCCCAAGGUCCAGCAAGCCUUUCGGACGGUUUGGGGGCAACAAACAAAGGGCGACAAGGAGUCACUGGAACUGUUGACCAGUUUUGAUGGAAUCAAUGUCUUUCGGCCAUGGCAGUACAAGCCAGGUUGGAAGACUCGUGAUGGAUGGUCCCAUGUGGACCAAGGUUUCAAAUUGCAAGGAUUUCACUGCGUACAGGGGCUGGUCACUCUCACCGACGCCACCACAAUGACGGGAGGAUUUGUAGCAGUUCCAAAGUCGCACAAGUUCCAUUCUGCCUUCAUCAACUAUCAUGCCACUACCAACCGGAACUUUGUCCGGAUCCCAUUGAAUAGCCCUGGUCUUCCCACAGAGAUGCACCAUCAGCUCCGCUUCGUGUCAGCACAGGCGGGUGAUCUUAUCUUGUGGGAUUCUCGAACCAUUCAUGCCAACAUUCCGGCCUUGGAAAAGCCCUCCAUGGCGCCCUCGACGGAACUCUUGAGGGCCGUCUCGUACGUGUGUAUGACGCCCAAACAUCUGGCAACACCCGCUGUCCUACAAGAAAGACGGGGGGCGUUUGAGGAGGGCGAGACCACUGGUCAUUGGCCCCAUUUGUCGCCAGGAAGAUAUGGCGAGGACGCUGGCAAACCAGAUACCCCGCCACCAGAGACCCCAAAGCUGAACAAGGCGCCGGAGGCGAUCCGCCGGCUGGUGGGAUGA